CGCAGCGCGUCCAAAUAAAACAGCGCGCAAUUUCCUUCGAAAUAAAGGUAUCAAAAUGAAAUUGUGCUUGUUUACUACCCUAAUCCCCUUUGAGAGUCAUUCCCAAAAUGAGUUCUCCAUCGGGAAUUUGUUUGAUUCCCAAAUGGAAGCAGGAUAAUGGAGUGACGAGACCGCCACCGGCAGGUGCGACUCGGGUACGGGAGGCACAGCCGAGUGUGUUUAAAAAACUUUAUGACAGAGGAGAUUUGCCUAUUGUUCUCAAACAUGAUUCUAUGGGAAACAAGAUCAUAUGGAAGGUGGAGAUUGAAACACUCGACUACCAUCACUUCCUUCCAGUUUUCUUCGAUGGAUUGACAGAGAUGGAGCAUCCGUAUUCAUUCUUUGCCUACCAGGGAAUCCGUGACCUCCUGGAACACGGAGGGAUCAAAAUAUUACCUGUUGUGCCGCAAUUAAUUAUCCCAAUAAAAGAGGCUUUGAACACCAGGAAUAAGCAAGUUGUAUGCACCAGUUUGAAGGUUCUAAAUCGAUUAGUUGCAUCGGCUGAUUUGGUUGGUGAGGCUUUGGUUCCAUACUACAGGCAUAUUCUCCCAGUUCUCAACUUGUUUAAAAAUCAAAACAUAAAUCUGGGAGACGGUAUUGAGUAUAGUCAGCAAAAGCAUGAAAAUCUUGGUGAUUUGAUCGAAGAAACCUUGAGUACAUUGGAGCAAUACGGUGGAGAUGAAGCAUACAUGUACAUUAAGUACAUGGUUCCUACCUAUCAGUCAUGCCAGGAACAUCCCUGAUGAAUUGUCAAACUUUCAGAUCUGAAUACAUUAAUAUGGAUAAAGUUGUAUUAAAUAUGUACAAAGAACCUACCUAUUUAUUCCUGAUGAAUUUCAGAUCACCUUGUAUGAAAUAUGAAUAUUUAAUGUGUUUACAUACAACACAUUUGAACUUGAUCAUAGUGCAAUCAUUUCUAUAUCCACCCAAUUAAUCAAAUUGAGGCUCAAAGCACAAUAAAAAUGUCUGCUUGUUGUACACAUGCAUCGUAUUUUGCAUAAAUUUGAAUUGGGAGUGAAAUCAUGGGUCAAAAAUCACCUUUCAAAUGUUAUCUUUGAUUUAUGCAAAACAAGAAUUGCUUGCCUGAUGAGGUUAGUUUAAUCUUAAACAAAGGGCAGAUGGUCUGUAUGUUAUUAACACCUUUAUGCAUAUAACAG